AUGUCGCCGCCCAUCGCAGUCGACUCCCCGUCCCCGCUGGAGGACUACACCGACCUCGUCACUUCCAUCAAAGCGGCCAACGACGCGCGCCCACAGGGCAAAUACUACGCAGGCUUCGGCACGCCCCCACCGAACGCGCUCAAGCGGUACCUCGCCGCCGGGAUCGACUUGACGGCCGGCUAUCCUGCAUACCCCGACAUUCCCGAGGACGUUGCGGCCGCCACGGCGUUCGAGAACCAGGGGCGCGAGGGGAGCUCCUAUGUCGACCCGGCGGGGAGGGCGGAUAAGGACAAGAAGGCGUUGUUUGCGGCUGCGAAGGAGGUGAACAACCUCACCAAGCACAUUGGGACGGAAAUCGUCGGCCUCCAGCUCAAAGACCUCACCCCUACGCAACGCGACGAGCUCGCCCUCCUCGUGGCGGAGCGCGGCGUCGUCUUCCUGCGCGACCAGGACCUGAGCCCACAGCAGCAGGUCGAGCUCGGGCUGCACUUUGGCGACGGGCAGAUCAAGACGGACAGCGUGCUGCCCCACGUGCCCGGGUUCGACCGGCUGGGCAUCAUCUGGGACUCUGCGCGGCCUGGCCAGCGCAGCUUCCGCCUGCCGUGGCCUGGGAUCCCGGCGCACGGGUGGCAUAUUGACACGGCGGCCGACCCGAUCACCAACGGCUACACGCACCUGUUCCAGGACACGGUGCCGAGCGACUCUGGGGACACGCUGUGGAGCUCUGGCUACGCGGCGUACGACAAGCUCUCGCCUGCGCUGCGCAAGUUUGUCGACGGCCUGACUGGCAUUUAUCGGUCAACGGUGACCUUCAAGAAUCCGGACAAGCCCGACGGCCCGCCCAUCCCGAUUCUGGAGCGCGCGCCCGUUGUGCGCACGCACCCGGUCACCAAGUGGAAGACGCUGUUCGUCACCCGCCAGCUGGUCGGCCUCGAGGGCUUUGACAAGAAGGAGAGCGACCACCUGCUCAAGUAUCUUGUGGACGUGGUCGAGAACACGGUCGACAUCCAGGUGCGCUGGCACUGGACCAACAAUGCGAGUGCCAUCUGGGAUAACCGUGUCGUCGCGCACACUGUCAGCCGCGACUUUGACGGAGAACGCCACGGCACACGCGUCCAGUCGUACUCUGACCGGCCCUUCUUCGACCCCGAGUCCAAGUCGCGCGGAGAGGCACUCGGCCUGCCGGGGUGGAACGUACCCGCGUUCGACACCGAGGCGCACCUGCGCGCCGGGUUCCAGUUCUAG